CUUCGUUGGCGCCUCACCUUUGCCUCUCACGGCGGUUCCGAGAACUACUACACUUGUUCCAGUUAUAGAUCAACAUGCGUCCUUAUAUGAUGGGAUGCAAGCUGCACAGGGACAAGUAGGUCAAAUACUUCACGUUCAUCCGCAAGUACAAGUAUCAACGCCUCUGCCAAGGAGGUCGCCACCUGGCCUGGACGAGCCUGAGGCAGUUCCUGACGCAGUACUAGAAGCAAAUAAGAAUCCAUUAACUCUGGUUCAACAGACCGCUGCGCAGCCACAUUCUUCUCCCCUAGUAGGAACACUGGGCGUCACUGGGAGUGUGAUGACCAAAGAGUUCUUCAAACCGAGAAUGCCAGUCGUGCAGUCACCGGGCGAUGAGAUUCAGAAUGCCUUGUUGAAUACUGUAUCAGAGGAGAAAGAAGAUGGACAAGAAGCUCAAGUCCAAGUGUUAGAAGCAGUAGAGACUCCGUCAUUACAACAACUUCGCUCAUCUUUGUCUCCUGUUCAGCAUCCGGACAACUUCAACAUCGCGCCUCCCGCACCAAACUGGAGUCCUCUAGUAGCAUGGGCUGGCCUAGAUGAUGACGGGGAGAAAACAGAGGUAGAAGGAGAUAGUAGGACAAACGAGAGCAUCGCAGUGGGCGCAGACGCAGCUGAGCUCAUUCGUUCGGCAAGAAGACAAGAAGAUGAAGAUACUGGUAAAGAUGUGAGGACUUCUGUUCAUCUUGUGGAGCCCAGCACUUCUCGUUCUCACGGUAAUGUACAAACGCAUCAAGAAGUGGAGCAGAACGGCACACCUCCUCAACAGCCACACAAGCAUCAAUGUCAAGAACCAGACUCGUCGCCUCUUUCAUCUUCCUGGAGGCCUAAUCCAGAGGCAGCAUCAUUCGUUCCGGCAACUACCCCUACACUUCUGGUGCCAACAUCUGCUCAUAAUUCUUCCUAUACAUCAACUCUCCUACUUCACCCAGGACUAAUGACGGGGACAGGUGUCUUUCCAGAUCAUCCAACUCCUGCUUUCGG